AUGGAGCGCGUGUUGAAGGGGUUGGAUAAGGUCUCGAGCGCAGCAGAGGCGCACACCCGCCGGUGGUCGCAGCAGUUGCUUCCGGACCUGCUCGCCCUGCUCUCCUCGGCCUCUGCCAUCCUCGAUAGACUCCCUGUGCUUCUCAGUCCAGCCAACUACGGAGUGUUGCAGCUGUCUCCUCCUAUGGAUCCCUCGUCCACCCCUCCUCCACUUCUGCACCUCUCUCCGCUCAUGCCGCCCCCCUUCGAUGCCUCUGGUGCCUCUUCUGCACCUUCCCCUAUUUCGUCACUACUUGCAACCACUGCCACCGUCGCCACCACUGCCACCACUGCCACCACUGCCACUACCAGCAGCAGCACCAACAGCAAUGCCACCAACAGCACCAUCACCAGCGGUGUUAGUAGCAGUGGCACUAGCGGCAAGGGGGAGGAGCAUGCGAGGAGGGUGGCAGCAGCGGUGACAGCGAGGCAAGUGGAGUCUUUGGAACGGAUUCUGCGCUCUGCUUCUGACACUCUCAAGGAAAUGGCCAAGGUGGCAGCAGCGCUGCAGAAGCUGACAAGGGAUGCCGACCGGGUUGUAGCGGCGCUACAGCCAAGGCCCACAGAGGACGAGAGGAGCCGCCGACAGGGGCUGCAUGCCAGCCUGACAGAGACAUGUGGCGGGCUGCGAUUGGUUGCUGAUUCGUACUGCAAUGAGCUUGGUCUGAAGCAACAGCUGGUUGCUGCUAUCACGUACAACACGUGCCCAAGUGACAUGGCGGCCAUCCUUGCAGUCUUGGAGGACGAGCCCUGCAUCGACUCUCCACAAG